AUGUGUUCUGAGUUUUCGGAGUCUGAGAACGUGGCAGAAGGUAUUGAUGAUAAACGACCCCAUGGAUACAUGUGGAAGAAAGGCAAUGUCCGACGGAACUGGAAUGAGCGCUGGUUCGUCCUAAAGGCUUCCAACAUCCACUACUAUCUCAAUGAGGACCUUAAGGAGAAGAAGGGGGAGAUUCACCUCAAUAUGGACAGCACUGUGGAGAUGCUCCCUGAUAAGGAAGGGAAGCGAUGCCUAUUCUGUGUAAAGACCAUAAACCGUACGUACGAGCUGAGUGCGUCGGACCUGAAGCGGAGACAGGAAUGGAUAGACAGUAUCACAGCUGCGAUCUGGAUCCUGGCAGAGAACAAGAGCUCGGUGCACAAGCUGCAGAAGGAGAGACGGAGAGAGCAGCGACAGCAGGCAGCUGCCAGAUUAUUGGAGAAGAAGGCACAGGAGGACAGGCUGGCAGAGCUGCAGGUCGAGAGGGAAACACAACUGGCACAGCUUGAGCAGCUCAGGCAGGCACAGGAAGAAGCUCAGCACCUCUGGCGAACCAAGGAGCUCCACUGGAUGAAACAGCACGAGGAGCUCCAGCAGAAACUACAGAUACAGCUGCAAAAGGCCAAGUCGGACAAGCUCCAGAUGCAGUUGGUGAUGGAACAGAAGGAGCAGGAGGCCGGUGCCCAGCGCCAACGGAUUCAGGAACUGGAGACGAUGCAGCGAGGGUUGGAGCGGGCCCUAAGGGCUGAGAUCGAGGCCCACAGCAAUGAGCAGACAGUGCGAUCUGCGCAGGCAAGGCUGCUGCAGGAGGAGGAGGAGAAGCUGAAGGAACUGAUGAUGCUGAGAUCUGAGCAGCAGGAUCUCGCCCAGCAGGAGGAGAGACAGCAACAGCAACGGCUGACCACCAAGGCCCAGGCUCUGCAGCAGGCCGUGGAGCAACUGAGAGAGAGCAGGCAACGGAACAAGCAAGAUCUCGCU